AUGGAUACUCCGCUGGCCUCGCUAUCGCUGACCCAUGUUCACUACAACCCCGAGGACCCCUUGUCCCUCGUGUCGGCCUACCUCGCUCUCAUUCCGCAGGCCCUCUGCGUAUCCUAUGCAACACUCGUUUGGGCAUCAAGAGAGAUGGAGGUGGUUCUGAUGUUUGCCGGGCAGCUGGCCUGUGAAGGACUGAACUUUGCGUUGAAACGCAUCAUCAAGGAAGAGCGACCACGAGAUCCUGACAUCGUGUCGCUAGAAAUGUUCGGCAAGGGGUACGGAAUGCCCUCGUCCCAUGCGCAGUUCAUGACAUUCUUCGCUGUUUACUUGUCCCUCUUCCUGCUCCUCCGACACACCCCAUCCUACGCCAGUGCCUACCCCUACUGCGAUUUCAUACUGCGCGGCGCAUUGACGGUCGGCCUCUGUGCUGGGGCGGUGGCUGUGUCUGCUAGUCGUGUCUACCUGAACUACCACACGCCCAGACAGGUGCUGGCCGGUUGUGGAGCAGGCUUCGUGUGCGCCUGUGGUUGGUUCGUGAUCACCGGUUUGCUUCGACGUCUCGGCUGGAUCGAUUGGGCUGCCGACAUGACGGUGUCGCGUCUGCUGCGCGUGCGAGAUUUGCUCGUAAGUGAAGAUCUGGCCGAGGCCGGCUGGCAACGCUGGGAGACACUCCGGUUGAAACAGCGAGUCAGUGAAGCGCGCAAGUCGGAUUAG